UGAGAACAUUUUGCACUCUAGCUCAAUUUUCAGUUGAGUUCAGGUGUAAUGUGGUGAGGUUGUAUCACCGAGUUUAUUGCGGUCUGAAAUGGAUGCAGAUUGGACUAGUAACGAUGCCUACAGGGCCAUCCCACAGAUGGAACAUGGCGAUCCAGUGCAGAGUAAGGAACCAGCACCAGCUGAAACCCCAACCAAAGCAAAAAAUGACACCAACAAUAUGUUUGCCCAGAGCAUCUUCGAUCUAACGCUCAUCACAAUCAACAUCUGUCAAAUUUGCUACAUUCUAAAGGUCGGUCGAGAACUAGGAAUUUUGUAUUACAUAAUGCUAGGAUUAUUGGGUGUCUCAUUAACUCUACUGUCUAUUCAUGGAUUCAUGGGCCUGUUUGGUCGUCUUCGCUGCAGUACACCUCUAUCCGCCAGCUGCUUCAAUUGUUUAUACAACACUUCACUAUUUAUGGUCGUACUAGUAUAUCUUGUAAAUUUAGUAUUUAGCGUACUGAGCUUGAAGGAGACAGAGGACACAUGCCUGAUUGUUAUCAACAAUUUGAGGAACAGGACUGGUGCAGCAACUGAACUUCCAUAGGAGAUUUCGAAUUAUUUAUAGUUAAGAAAAGUGUGUAAUACUUCAGUGACAUUUUAAAAUGUUUUAAAACAACAUUAUAAAUACAUACCACAAAGUGAUAGUUUAUACAGAAGAAACUCAACUAGACCUAUCGGUAACAAACUCAACUAUUUGAUUUGCAUGCUUUUUGGGUCGAUCUACAGGUUUGAGCAGAGUCGAAUCCACUACCGUGUUGUGAUCCCGUGUGAGGUGUUCCUGCAGUUUUAGCUUCCGUUGAAAAGUUUGAACACAAAACGGACAUUUGUACAUCUUCGAGUACUCUCGAUAAAUUCCUUGGUGGGCCUUUAAGUGAGUCAUCAUGUUGUACCUGAUAGCGGAAUAUAGAAAAAAAAAUA